AUGGACCGACUUUCUUGCCAUGUUAUAUACGUGAACCGUGUCGUUGGCGAGGACGGCUUGAUACACGCCUCGUCUGACGUCUCCAACCCCCCUCAACCUUCCAAUCCGUCCGAGUGGAAACGAGAUCACGUCCGAGAACUGGUAAAGCCUCUAUUGGAGGCUUUCGGCGACGUUCACAUCUGUAGCUCAGGUUCCGCCUGCUUGUCAACCUUGUUUCAACUUCAAGAUGGGUCCAUGACCAGCAUAACGCCAACCUUGGUACUACUCGACACCCCGUUCGACGACCAUUUACAGGAUCAACUUGCUCGAUCUAGAUCGUCGUCCCCUCCUGCCGCUGCCGCUGCCGCUGCCGCUGUAACCUCUCUCACUUCGGAAAUUCACACCCCCAACGAGGAGCUGUAUGGCUUAGGUCUGCUGCAAAAAAUCAUUACCGAAGCCCAUCUUCGCAGCAUGUCGAAACUUGUCGUUACGGUUCCCGUCAUCAGCUACUCGGGUUCAUCCAUGUGCAGUACAGGUCACGAGAUGACGGACGGUGCCUCUGAGAGCCCUUUGAGUCCAGAAGCCAUACUCUCAGUCAAUCGUCGGCUGAUACGGACAUGUUUGGACCUGGGCGCCGCUGACGUGCUCAUCAGUCCCAUUAGUUCGAAAUGCGUCACCACUCUCGAGAUAUGUGCCUAUAAAGCUCAAAGAGAUGCGACCAAGGAUCAGCAAGAGAUACUGGAAGUCACCAAAGGUCGAAAGCGCUCUUGGGUCGGAAUCAAUGAACAGAAGCCUUUUGCCUACCUGCGUGAGGCCAUGGUUUCCGGACUGAUGAAUGGUAUCUGUCGACUGGAUGGCAACGACGGCCAGAUUACUGGAGCACAUGUCGCUGUUUCCUCUCGCCGCCAAGUGGAGAUUGCCCAUGCGGUGGGGCAUUGGCAUUUCUGCGCUCACUCCUUUUCAGACGACGAACUGUUAGUGGCGGCCUUGGUCAUGUUCAAGCACGCACUGGUCUUGCCCGAGUUGGAACCGUGGCGGCUAUCGGCAGAUCAGCUCGUAAGCUACCUUGUUGCCUGCCGGGCAGCUUACAACAGUUUUGUCCCAUAUCACAACUUCCGCCAUGUCGUGGACGUGCUGCAAGCUACGUUCAAUUUCCUCGUGCGAAUCGGUGCGCUCCCGCCUUAUCCCUCUGGGCACGAGCAAAGAAGCUUUGCGGAAAAGUCACCCAUGGCAGGAUUAUUGACGCCGUUUGAGGCACUCACGCUCUUGAUCACCGCCAUCGGUCAUGACGUCGGUCACCCCGGAGUUAACAACGGCUUUCUGGCCACUCUCAACGCACCACUGGCGCAGCUUUACAACGAUAGGUCGGUGUUGGAGUCGUUUCACUGCGCCGCAUACUCGCAAAUUCUUCGUCGCUACUGGCCAUCCGCAUUCGAAGACCGAAAAAUGCGCAGCUUGAUGAUUAGCUCGAUACUCGCGACGGACAUGGGCUUACACUUUGACUAUAUGAAGAAGCUUGGGGAUGCCCAGGAGCGGUUGCAGCAUAACAAAAGUAUCAAGGGGUGGAGCGGUCGCCAAAUCGAGGAUCAUAAAGCCCUUGCCUGCUCGCUUCUGAUCAAGUGUGCCGAUAUCAGCAACGUGGCCCGGCAUCACGAUGCAGCCCUUAAAUGGAUGUACAUCCUGUCGGAAGAGUUUUCCAGACAGGCUUCCAUGGAAGAGGAAUUGGAUAUCAAAUCAUCGCUUCUUGCCCAGCCCAAGAAAGAUAUCCUGUCGCUGGCCACUGCUCAGCUUGGCUUCAUGAACGUGUUUGCCAUUCCCUUGUUUGAAGGCGUCGCCGAUAUCAUGCCGGCAAUGCGAUAUGUCGUGGAUGAACUCGAAACCAACAAGGGGCUUUUCGAGAAGAAGUUGCAAGAGGAAAAGGCGAGGCAAACAACCGAGGUGGCGAAUUCGAGGUGUGGAAUCUGCGAGGGCACCUUGCCUCCCAGGACGCCGAGCCGUCUGGGCGAAAGCAAUGGCCAGCCAUAUAAAUCUAAAGUAAACGUCCCGGCGGAGCGGCCUGAAAGCACGACGGAUGGAGCAAACGAGGAAAGCGGAGGAUCCCCCCGAGCUGUCGCCGACGACGUUCAACAACAGGCGCGAUGUGCAGUCGACGAGCUCGCAGAAGUUGGCGGAGCGAUGCCAAAACUUCACUAUACGACGCACGACGAGAACGCCAACGCUUCAGCAGUCGACAGCGUACGGCACUUGGCUGAUAACGAUCCGUUCAACUUUCGGUUUCAAGGCGAUGGCGGAACGGAGAGCAAGGCUACUACGCAACUCAGUAGGCAGCGUUGCAGCGAGAAUACGGAAGGCAGCACGUUUGGUGCCUCUUCUGGAGAUUGGCAAUCACAGGCUACGACAGCCACCACGGGAAGGCUAGCGCUCUCCCCAAGCACGCAGGGUACCAGCAUUGUCAGCACCGAAUCUCUGGAACGAAGAUUGAGCGCCACCGGCCUCAAGGUGUCGCCUCCCAGCACUUCGAGCCAUGAAUCCCCCAGAACCGUUAUUCGCGAAAGCGUGGUAAUCGGGGACAAGUCGGCCCACGGAGGCAGCAUCGGCAAGGCAGAGGGCAAGUCACUGAGGAAAAAAACGAGUCGUUUUAGGAUGAAGGACUUUUCUUUUUUCAGGAGACAGAAAGCGGCGAGCCCGCCCCUUCCAAGCUCGGAUACCACGACCUGA